AUGAUAAUCCUCCUAACCAAUCACACAGACAACAAAGUAUUGAACAAUCUGUUUGGCAUGACAACCGGCCUCGGAUAUCUUCCCACCACGUUCGACUGGAGCCAGAUCGCAUACAAUACAUCCCCGCUCGUGAUUCCCUUCUGGGCUCAGGCCAACGUCUUUGCCGGGUGGUUUUGCGUGUAUGCCGUGGUGGCCCCAAUUCUAUACUACACGAAUACCUGGUUCACGGCGUAUCUCCCAUUGACAGGAUCAGACGCAUAUGACAAUACCGGGAGUAUUUACGACUCGAGCCGUAUCUUGGACGACACGGGUGCAAUUGACGAGGCUAAGUAUCGAGAAUACAGCCCGAUUUUCUUGCCCAUUACCUUUGCGCUUAGUUAUGGCUUGGGGUUCGCCGUGCUGAGCUGCCUGUUGACGCAUGUUGUGUUGAAUCAUAGCGGGGACAUCUUGAAGACGAUGAGGGGCCAGAACAAGAAGGAUAUUCAUGCUAGGUUGAUUUCCCAUUAUCCGGGUGUGCCGUGGUGGUGGUAUGGCAUUUUGACGGUCAGAACCCUUUUCGUUUGA